UAAAGGAAGAGCUAGCUUCACUCCGGCUAGUCUCAGAGUGUUUGAGCUAUGUCUACGUGAUCUUACGUACUCGGCAAGACAGAACGAGGGGCUUUGCUGUGAAAUGUGCAGGGCAUAAGCGAUUUCUUUCAGCAGCACAUCUUAUCCUAAAAAUAAAAGCGACAAACGUUAUCACAGCCACAACAAUGCACUUGUCAUUAGUUUGCCUCGCCAAGCCUGUUCUUCAUGGAUACUUCAGAAGUUCCUGCUCCUGGAGGGUUCGCAUUGCUUUUGCUCUUAAAGGUGUUGAAUAUGACCAGGUUCCAGUCAAUCUAAUCAAAGAUGGAGGUCAGCAGCUUACAACACAGUAUAAGACAUUAAACCCCAUGCAACAAGUGCCCGCAGUUGAAAUUGAUGGCAUCACCCUCUCUCAAUCACUGGCCAUGGUCCAGUACAUCGAUGAGACCAGGCCAGGGCCUCGACUUCUUCCAGCAGACCCAAAGAAACGCGCCCAGAUCCGGAUGAUCAGUGAUCUCAUUGCCUCUGGGAUACAGCCUCUGCAGAAUUUGUACGUGAUCCAGAAAAUAGGAGCAGAAAAGGUGCAGUGGGCUCAGCACUUCAUUGAUCGUGGCUUUCAAGCUCUUGAGCCCAUUCUGAAGCAAACAGCAGGGAAAUAUUGUGUAGGUGAUGAGAUAUCCAUGGCUGACAUCUGUCUGGUCCCGCAAGUCUACAAUGCAGAGAGGUUCAAAGUGGACAUCGAGCAGUAUCCAACUAUCAAAAGGUUAAAUCAAGCCUUACUUGAGAUUGAAGCGUUCAAAGUGAGCCACCCGUCUCGGCAACCAGACACACCGGCUGAUCUGCGUGCAUAGAACAACUCAGCAGCUUUAGAGACUGCCAUGCAGCUUGGUACAUUGUUAAAUAAAGUGCU